AUGUCGUCAAGUCAAUCUCAAACUCCCAAUUCCAUCGAACUUGUUUCUCUUCCUGCUUGUAUCCCUAUUAAUCAGACUUCUAUGAGUCCACAAACUCCUCAUGCAGAUACCAACACAACUCUCACAAGGACUGAAUCUUUGCACACUGAUAUCCACCACUCAGUGAUGCCGGAUUGUGGCAAUCAACCUCCAGCAAGGGCUGUUGUGUCUGACGUUGCACUUCCUAAAGCUGCAACACACAAUCAUCAACCAGAUACUGUUGCCACUCAAGCUCCACAGCAAGCACACUCCAUGAUGACUAGGUCAAAAACAAAUUCCAUGAAGUCGAGAGUCUCAACUGAUGUCACAAUUCGUUAUCCUCUCCCUCGUGCACUUCUUGCAGCAAAACAUCCCAUUGACAAAGAACCAACUUGUUUUACAGAAGCAGCCAAAUGA